GUUAUGCUCGUCAGUACGUCACGAGUCAUGAACUGACCCUCUGAGCGUGUGCGUAUUUUGUGCAUCCGUGUGUGUGCUCGCAACUGCUCCGAGCCUGUGCCGUCGGUAAAGUUCCAUUAAAAAUUCGCUUCUCGCAGCGUCGCACGCACACACUUACACACGCGCACGCUCGCCCCAGCGCUGCCUGCAGCUGACUACUACAAAUCUAGCAUACUCACACAUACACACCAUCGGGCCAUCAGAAGACGAGUCGAAUCCGAGAAGAUGAGGUUUACUCGCUGCGAGUUUGCCUCGAUUUUUCAACAUCCUCUCUCGCGUCUGUGAUUGUCCUCGAGUGUGCAGAGUUUGAAUCACCAGCUGCCGCUCGCUAUUCGCAAGUGCAGUGCUAGUGUAGGCAUAUAUACAAAGAAAUAGGUAAAACAGUGAAUGAAUAAUUGAACAUAAGAAAUUUGGUCUCAUAAGAACUCAAUAUCUUCAUGGAAGUUCUUCGACUUAGUAAGAUUUUAUGUUUAACUCAGAAUAGGACUUUGAUUAGUCCAUUUUCUUAUGUACGUUUUAAUGGAGCACCAAGAACAUGAUAGAUCUGAAGACAUAUAGAAAAAUAUACCUAGUAAAGACAUGUCAGGAGUUUGGUUGGUGUAAAAUGAUACAAGUAGAUUUAACACCAUCAGUUAUUAUCUCACUAACUGUAUGUAAAUAAUUAUAUAAAAUAAAUUGUAUAAACUAUUACAAUUAUGAAUAAAAAAUCAUCAAACGGAGGGACAAGAAUGAACAACUUGCAUAAUUCAAGAGCAAAAUUAAAAACAAUCAAUGGCAACCAUAAAUUACCUAAUACUAAUGGUGGGUACAAGCCAAAUGAGAUGUUUACAACUGAAUUUGAAAUAAAUGAAACACCACAUAGUGCACGGACGCUACUGACCAAAGGUUAUGUGCAAGAUGAAAUCAAUUCCUUUUCGGGUGCGACAGUAUCUACGCGAGGGCGAUUCAUGACAGAACAGGAAAAAAUUCGCUGUCCCCAUGAACGUCCUCUUUACUUAUUUAUUCAGGGUCACUCAAAGCAAAACGUGGAUUUGGCUUUACAAAAAAUUAAUGAUAUCAUCAAGACUGAACAAAGAAGUUCUGUAAAUAGACCUAGUCGAUUUACAAAUUUACCUCCACCGUUGAUGAGCUUGCAAUCUGGAGUUCCAACAGUAGAAAAACUCUGUAUUGGUAUUGAAAAUGCACCUCAAGGAUUCGACUUACGAGGACGCAUAAUUGGAGCAGAUGGCGCUAAUUUGUUAUAUAUUCGAGGAGAAACCGGUGCUACUGUAACUUUAAGGGGAAGAGGCUCACAAUUUGUAGAUCCUGGUAUGGGAACAGAGUCACCCGAGCCUCUUCAUUUAUGUAUAGAACAUCCAAAUCCCUUAGCGCUGCAAAGUGCAAAACAAUUGGCAAUAAAUUUGAUUCAAACUAUACAAUCAGAACUGCAGUCUUAUAUUCAACAGCAACCUCCUCCAGUUCAAUCGCAAGUUAUUCAACAGACACAGUUACAACAAAUUCAGCCUGCUCAAUUUCAAACGGUGAAUAUAGGUGCUCUAGCUCAGCCAAAUGUUGUAACAAUUCAUCAAGAAUUAACUCAACAUCCACGAAGUAGUGUUGUCACGAUACCAGCUACGAUUCUCACUGCAACUGUUGCUGCACCGGUACCAGGUCAACUACCUUCAACUGGAGUUCAUGUCUCAGCUCCAGGGCCAAUCCCACCUCCUGUUUCUAUGGCUGAACCAGCUCAAGUUCAGUUAAUAGCUCAGCCACCACCAGGCAUUAAUCAAGUACAAUAUCAGAUACAUCCAGGUCAGCCAAUGUCAAUACAAAGCAUGCCUCCUCCUCCACCACCAGGCUCUCAAAAUUCAGCUCAACCAAUGACACAAAUGUACGUGGUUAGCCAACCACCACCACAGACUACAUUUGUUAGCAGUUGUGCACCUAUCAAUGGAGCAGUAUCUUAUGUGUACACUCAAACCAGGCCAACUACACCGUCUCAAAGUAUCAUAGAAACGGUUAAUGUUAAUUUGCAGCAGCCACCCCCUGCUGGUACAAUAAAUAUAAGUCAACCUGCUGCACCUCCUUCAUUAUUGCAUCUUCAAUUUCCACCGCGUUUCCCCACUAAUCAACCGCCUCCGCCGAUAUCUCAAACGUAUCAAAUUCAAUAUCAACCAGUACAAACUUCGGUUGCCCAAGCACCAACGCAAUUCAUUAUUCAUGGCGAACAUAAUGGACCACCACCUACACAAAAUCAUGAGCAACCUCCGCCACAGCACUUAGGAGCUCCAUUUGAGGGUCAACACCCACCACAAAUGCACAUGCAUCCGCCACCUCCGCCCUCAUCUCAGGGCUACAUAGUGUCGACGACGCAAUCUCUUCAAGAUAGAGGUCCUCCACCACAGCAACCUAUGCCACAGUCAGUUACAGAAAUGCAGCAUCCGCCUGAUGGCGCAGUUGAUUCAGGGAUGCCUCCUCAACCAGUUCCUCCACCUCAAAUGGUUCCUCCUCCAUCUGUCAGUCAAAUGCCACAUUCCAUGAGUAUUAUAACUAGUGUUCCACCACCAUCUCAUCCCCCUCCUCAAGCAGCACCAUGGUUAUAUCAAGGACAACCAAUGUCACAACCUCCACCACAAGCGCAAAUGCCAGUUCCGAUGCCUCCUCCUAAUGUGACACACCACAAUAUUCCACCUCCUGAGAUGCAACAACCACCACCACCUCAGAUGCAAUAUCAUCCUCAGCAAGUACAUUAUCAGAAUAAUCAGAUGCAGUCGCAAGUGCAUUUUCCUCCCCGUCCACCUCCACAUUUUGAACCAAAUGCAGAACUGACGGAACACCACAAAAAUCAAGGUGUGAAAAGAAGAUUUUCUGAAGUAGAUGGUGGACCUGAUUCAAUGAUGCAUCAACUCAAUAGACCUCCAACGCAACGGCAUGGCACUGGCAGAGAAGCUGAACAGCAGCAGCAACAUCAACAACAGGCACAACAGCAGCAGCAACAACACAUGAUGCAUGGGCCACCAGGAGGCGCAGGAGCAAACCAUCAAGCGGGCGAGCGCCCAGGAGGCAAGCAGCAACUGCUUAUGCCACCGCCCUAUGCAGGUGAUAGACGCAACAUCUCAGGACAACCCUUUACCGAUCAUAAUUCUGGCUGUGAACAACCGAUAAACGGUGAACUCGAACAACAGCGCAAUAUAGGUCCUCCACCACCUCAACCGCAGCAGCAACAGUCACCUCAACAGCAGCAAGGCCCGCUGCCACCGAAUUCUCACGCAUUAGGUAUACCUCCUGGCGCACAAACACCUUGGCAGGCUCAUUUCGCACGAUUUCCUCCGAAUAGACCGCCUCCUAUGCCUCGUGAUGGAGAAUCGCAUCAUGUACCGUUCCAUGGUGCUCCACCACCACAAAUUAAUCUACCGCCACCUCAGCUUAGACUCGUACCUGGAUCUGAUGAUAAUCGGUCGCAAGGUCAAAACAUAUUACCAACCGAUCACACACCAACCAGUGAAUAUGGAAGUGCAGGAUCUCAUCCCUACGGUAAACGGUCGGCUUCGGCCAUUGCAUUGGUACAGUCGAUUUGCAAUCCUCCUCCACCUCCACCAUCGCCUCCGACUUAUACUCAAUCACGACAUCCGCGUGGACCGCAGAUGCAUCGAUUCCGACUUCCUCAUCAUCAUCAGCAACAACAGCAUCACCAUCACCACCAGCAAACUGCGCAAGGUGUAUCGCCACCUUGGAUGAAUUGAAUAGAUCGAUCAGUCCAAGGGCGUAUAGAUGCAAACCGAUGAGUUGGUUUUGUUAAAAUAAUGAUUUAUUUUAUUUUAUUUUAUUCUAAAGUUUGUCACGAUUGAGCUUGUUGCUCCUACAUAAAUUAAUCCACUAAGCUAAAUUGAUUUUUACUUUUUGUAGUUAAUGAUGUGGAGCUAAAAAUAUCGGAAAAGAUUUAAAUUUACCAUUUAAAAAAUUUUUUUUGAAAAUUUACAUUUUCUAGCAAAGUUUUUGACUUCAAUUAAGGCAUUCAAAAAAUCUGAAAACAAGUAUGAAAUUUCAUCUUUCUUUUCGAGUAUUACUUGCACAGAAAAAAUUCAUUGUAAAUAAACUGUGGUUCGCUGAUACUUAAUGAACUAAUGUAAAUAUAAAUUAUUUUUUCUAAAUAUUAGAGUAAUUUGAGAACAUGGUUGAAUGCAUGCUCAUGUGAAAGUUUAACUUCAUAGAAAAAUUGACUAUUAUGAAUUUACACGUCUACUGAAUGAAAAGACUAAUGCAUUUUUUUCAAAUAUUAUAUGAUUAUGAGUGAUUUUUUGCAUAGCAAAAAAAAAUUAAUUUUCAUUCUUUAUUUUGGUUGUUAAAAUUUUAUUUUGUAAAUUAACAUAUCGUUCUCUCGAAAAAAUAAAUUAACGCAAAACUAAAUGCCCAUGCUAGUGAAUGUAAUAAUUAUAAUUAAUAAUAAGAUGAAUCGUGAGUCUUAAUGAUUUUCUUCAUGAUAAACAGUUGAAAAAUGUAACGACGUGCGCGCCAAACUAAUACUCCUUUUGAGUUUUAAUUUGUUCUGCGCAAUUACAUAAGUCCUACAUCAAGUUGAUGAAUAUUAAGCGUACCUUUUAAUAUUUUUUUAAAUAUAAUUUGUAAAUAAAUAAGUUAAAGGAUGUAAAAUUACUAGUAUAGAGGCUUGAAUAUUAACUUCACAUGAAAUCAACUUUCUCCAAUUUUCUUUCAUAUUAGUGAUAUUCGUUAAAAAAAAAUGAAAAUCUAAAGUAGAAUGAAAAUUGAUUUUUCAAACUUAUGUGAUAUACACAUAAUCAUAAAUAAUUAAGAAAAAUAGCUCAGCGUACUUUAUUCAAUAGUUUAUAUUAGUUACUGAACAUUAAAUUUAGUCAAAAAGUAUAUAUCAAAAUCUUUGCAUGAUUUUGCGUUACUUUACAUGCGAUGCGUAAAAUAUUGAAAUGUGUGAGAGGAUGUAGUUCUAAUACUGCAUUGUUAAUACACAGUUGAAUUUUUAUAUUCAACAAUUAAUUAGUAAUAUAUAUUUUGUACAUAUAGAUAAGAUUGUGGUUGAAUAUUUGCAAUAAUCAAUUUAAUACGUUGCCAUUGAGUGAUCAAGAAGAAAGUUGAGGGAUAAACUUACGACGAUUCUAUGAAUUCGUUUAAAUUUAUAAAUCGCUGACUUUGUAGAUAAAUAUUUUAUGCUAUGCGAUUGUAAUUUAAGAAAGUCAUACUUUGUACAUAAAACGUUAUAGAUUUUAAGUUACAAAAUGAAUUAUUCGAGCAAGAAAUAAACUAAGAGUCAGGUAUAUACAUGAA